AUUAUUCCCGCUCUUCUUCAGUUUGAUGUUGUUCUGUACAUACAUCCUUCCUGACAUUAACAACGGCCCCCAAUGGAAUUUAGUUGUAGAGGAACAUAGUAGAGUUUGCGAAAAGAAUAUGUGGAAAAGCUUUCUAUUCAUUCAUAAUUACUUCGGCUUUGAGGAAAUGUGUCUCACCCACACCCACCAAAUUGGUAUGGAUAUGCAGUUGUACGUGGCCACUUUACCUCUUAUGCUGAUAUUAUGGAAGUUUAGAAACCUGGGAUGGAUCCUUGUAGCCGGUAUCGCUGUGGCAUCAACCGUCCUCAGAUACAUGGCUAUUCAUUGGUACGACAUCAGCAUGUUUGUCUAUUAUGGGAUAUCAGUUCAAAAGUUGCUGGACGCGGCCCGAUAUUCAUAUAUAUUGCCGACCCAUCGCGCUACGAUAUAUCUUAUUGGAGUCGUGAUGGCAUAUGUUAUGAAAUCGAAAAAGUUGAGAUUUAACCUUACCAAUACUCAAGCCCGAUUUCUGUGGGCAGCGUGCUUCGGUCUAGCAGUAUUCACGGUAGCGAGUCCAUAUGAGAUGGGCCUUGAAGGAUAUCGUUACGAACACUUCCCAGCGGCCUUGUUUGCAGCUUUCUCACCGAUCCUGUGGGGAUUGUCCAUGUGCAUAGCGCAUUGGGCCAUAUGCAACGAUUACGCAGGUGUUGGCACAGCGUUCGUGGAAUCGCGAGCGUUUAAAUUCUUCAACAAGAUCGCGUACGGGGUCUACCUGACUCAAUUCCCAAUUUUCUUCUAUAAUGUCGGUGUACAGAGGCACGCUGAAUUCUACACGCCUCUUUCACUUCUGCAUGUACCAGAAAUGAUGGCCGUCCUGGUGAUAUCCAUUCUCGCUACAGUCGCAAUCGAGAUGCCUUUCAAUCAAGUAUACAGAAUAUAUUUCGGUAAAUCACAGACGAAAUUAAAAGACAAAUGA